AUGAUCAGGUGUUUGUUGGGAAACUACAUAGUGAACCAAAAUUUCGAUGCCAUUUUCGGAAGAGAAUGGAUUAGAGAGGUCAAACUGGAUUGGGCAGAACUUAAAACAGUUAGUAACAACACUACAUCUACUGCACUCGAAGAUCUUUUGGAUGAAUUCAAGGAAUUAUUUGAACCAGGAGUAGGACUCAUACCUCACAAAAAAGCACACUUACAGCUUGUUGAAGGGGCAAGACCUAUUUUUGUGAAGGCUCGUCCAGUCCCAUAUGCACUAACUGAAAAAGUAGAACUCGAGUUGAAUCGUCUGGAAGAAGCUGGAAUCAUUUCCAAAACAGACAAGUCCGAUUGGGGUACUCCAAUUGUACCUGUAGUAAAGCCUAAUGGUAACAUACGAAUAUGCGCUGAUUACAAGGUUACAGUAAAUAAACAAAUCAAAGAAGAACAUCAUCCAAUACCUCGGAUCGAAGACAUUUUUGCUCAAAUGAAUGGAGGACAGUUGUUCUGUACUUUGGAUUUAAGUAACGCUUAUCUCCACUUGGAAAUGGAUGCUGAGAGUGCAGAAAUUCAAACUUUGAGCACUCAUAAAGGACAAUACAUAGUUAACAGACUGAUGUUUGGUGUAAAAGUUGCUCCAGGAGUUUGGCAAAAGGUGAUGGACGGAAUCCUUCAAGACCUUCAAGGUGUUCAGUGCUUCUUCGACGAUAUAAUAAUUCAAGGAACGUCAUCAAAAGAACUACUAGAAAGACUAAAACAAGUAAGAACAUACCUCAGUGUUAUGAUACCUUCUAGAAUCGAGGACUCAAAAGACAAACCUAAAGGUAUAACACGCAUAUUUAAGGUGGGAGACCGUGUUCAAGUGAGAAACUACUACAAGGGUCACACAAAAUGGAGUUUCGGAAAAGUUACAUCAAGAGAUGGAAAUCUACAUUACAACGUUGAACUGGAGAACGGAGUAACAUGCAGACGACAUGUAGAUCAAAUGCUGCGAUCAAGACUUUAA